AUGGGCUCCUCCAUGGGGGGACCUCCCCCACAGCAGGUGCUCCUGACUAUGCCGUACCUCAAGGCUGCCCUGGUCGCGGUCACUCUUGUUGUUAUCGGCGAGUUUGUGGCCACAUACUUCAACGAGGAUGCUGGGGACGGGUCAUUCAGGCCCUCGCUGGUCAGCAACCUCUUUGCAAGCCGGCAAAAGGCAAUAUCGGACUGCUUGACGCCUUUGUUCGGCAUCCUCGUUCUCAGAGAUGCUGGGCGCUUGCAGUUUAUGCGUCAGUCUGACUUUCGGCAUGGCCCGCACACUGCAAAUGGGCAUGAAGUCGUGCACACUCGGGCGCUUGUGCGGAAAGUCUGCUUAUGGACGAUGACUCCCACGCUUCAGGUCACACAGGCUGGUCAGUGUGUGCUUUGCCUGGGGUGUGGCUGGCAUGAUUGA